GCUAAGCGUGUACUGACAGGGUUACGUGGAAAUGAACCUUUAGCAUAACUUUGAACAAACGUCAAGAAUACGCAAAUAAUCACAACAAACACAUCGUAAAUUUUUUUAUGUUUUCAUCAUCCACUUUGUCUUGCGGCUAUUUCACCACAAAAUGAGUCAAAAAGAUUCACAAAAACUAACUAACACCGCAAGCGACGAGGAUGCUGCGCUGGUGUUAAACACUGAUCCAAAAGUCGUCACAAAAGCGGCCGAGCUGCUGCAACCGAUCAACACCGAGGUGGUGGAAAAGAACCUCGACAAGGUGCUGGAAGCUGUGAAGAUCGUCGAUUUGACAUGCGAUUUCAAGGGAUGCAAGCAGAAAACUAACCUCGUCGGUACGGACUGCUCGUUCUGUAAGGAUCGGUUCUGCUUUAAGCACAGCUUGCCGGAAAUACACGGUUGUGGUGAGGCGGUAAAGCGCAAGGAACGCGAACUGUUCCUCCAUCCUAUGACCGGUAAGGCGAAGGCGGAACAGUACGAAAAGCAGAAGGCCCAGGUGCGUUUGACGCAGAAACUGAAACAGAUGUCACUGGAGCGAAAGCAGAAACCCUCGUCCGGUGGAAGCAAUAAGACCACCGGCAGUACCGCUGGUCCCAGUCGGGGUGCUAGCUCCAGCAGAGGAAGAAGACGAACCAACAACCCUUAGGCGAGUGCUACCGUUUCGAAAAUCAUUAUUUAUUAUGAUCCUAAGUAUAAGUAAAUGUUAUAUAGCGUGAUAGCCAAGCAGCAAUAAAUCGACAGACUGUGGCCAUUUGUA